CCUCUACGUUUUUGCUUAACUUGAACAAACUCAAUCCAGAAAAACCACUUCUGGACCCCUGCAGUCUUGAGACUUCCCAUAACAUGAUUUUGCCAUUUCUAGCCAGCCCUCUAAGCACGUCACCACGCAAAGAAAAAGACGUCGAUUUCAGAAGCGCAAAAUGACGGAAAGUUGUUGUGGGCCUUAAUGAGCACAACCAAGGGGCUCAAGAUCCGCUGUCCUCCUAUCCCUCGACCCUUGUCCAGGUUCAUGCGCAAUUAUCUCGGUGUCAUUUUCUUGAGUUCUUUCUGUACUUGCCUUUGUUUCCAUUUUUUCUCUGCUUGCCUUUCCUCUUCCGCCAUCUGCUUCAUCUUCAGCUCCUCUUCCAAGACCACUCUCCUGCGGAAUUCCUCCCACCUCUCAUCACCACCUUCAUAAGGUCUCCAUUCGGCCAUACCACAAUCCAGCUUCUUCUUGUACAUAUUUUGGAGCCUGUUCUAUUGCCUCGUACGGUAGCGUACGUAGACCCUGCAAAUCACCGUACAACCGCGCACGGCCUCGUACUCUACUUUAUCACAAUUAUGUUUUGUUGACCUGCCGUAUAAGUAGCUUAGUGUCACAGUAGUGUCACAAUAAACACUGUACGUUAAUUCCUGUCGUUGCAGUGCCAAGCCCUUACAUAAAUUUGUGAUGUACGUACGGUGGCUAAUGUGAAAUUCUACCCUUCCCGUUAGUUUCAGGAUAUAACAUACUUACCCUAGCAUAAAAAGUCUACCACCCUCCCCUUAUUAUAAC